AUGGAGGCCGUGCAGGCAGCAAACAUGGAAUUUGCCCUCAACUUUUUCAAGCAUAUGAAUCAAAUAGAUAAUAAUCAGAAUAUCUUCUAUAGCCCUUGGAGCAUCUCCUCUACCCUGACCCUUUUAUUGCUGGGUUCUGAGGGUAGAACAGCAAAGCAGGUGGCAGAGGCACUUCAGCUUAUUAAGACAGGAGGAGAUGAGGUUGGUAUUCCUCUGAGGACAAAUAAUUAUAUGGACUGUGGGAUGAUGCAGCAAACUCAGAAGAAUCACUAUCCUCUUGCCAUUCAGAAGGCACAAGCUGAAAACAAAAUCUUCUCCUCCUUCAAGAAUAUCAGUACUGCUAUCAACCUACCUUCAGAAGAUUAUCUUCUUGAAAGUGUCAAUAAGCUGUUUGGAGAGAAGUCCUCAAAAUUCAGGGAAGAAUACCUGAGGCUUUGCAAGGAAUAUUUCUCUGCUGAACCACAAUCUGUUAACUUUCAAGAAAAUGCGAAUGAAGCUAGAAAGGAGAUCAACAGCUGGGUUGAAACUCAGACAAAAGGUAAAGUUCCAGAGUUGUUACCAGAGGGAUCUGUGGAUAGUGACACCAAGUUGGUCCUGGUUAAUGCUGCUUACUUCAAAGGAAAAUGGAAAACUCCAUUCCAGAAUAAAGCAAAGAGACCACAGCCUUUUCGAGUAACCUUGACUGAGCGUAAACCUGUACAGAUGAUGUACCUUCAAGCUAAGUUGCACCUUGGCUACAUAGAGGAGCUGAAGUCUCAGAUUGUGGAAAUCCCCUAUGCUGGUGAAAUCAGCAUGUUUGUCCUGCUUCCUGAUGAAAUCGCUGACUCUUCCACUGGGUUGGAACAGCUAGAAAGAGAAAUAACCUAUGAAAAACUUACUGCAUGGAUAAACAUGGCCACAAUGGAGAGUAAUGAUGUUCAUGUGUUUCUGCCCAAGUUCAAGAUGGAAAAGAAUUAUGAAUUAAAGUCCAUCUUGCAGAGCAUGGGAAUGAAUGAUGCAUUUAGCAAAAUUCAAGCCAAUUUUUCAGGAAUGUCAGAGAGUAACGAUCUCUUUCUGUCUGAAGUGUUCCACCAAGCUUCAGUAGAGGUCAAUGAAGAGGGCACUGAGGCAGCUGCUGGCACCGGGGCUGUCAUGACAGGACGAACUGGCCAUAUUGGACUCCAGGUGGUUGCAGAUCAUCCUUUCCUUUUUUUUAUCAUACAUAAGAAAACCAAUACUAUCCUUUUCUUUGGCAGAUUCUGCUCCCCCUAA